AUGCAGGAAGUGUGUAGUUCAGUCGAUCACAUGGGAGCACAAAUCAAAUCAGAAUCGCCGGCGAUUGGAUCGCUGCUUAAUAGUGCGGUGGUGAUCGGUGAAACGGAUAUCAACAGCCCGCAGCAGGCACACGUUUCGCAACAGCAACAAACGAUCAUUGCCGGAGGCCAACUAGUGGCCAACCGGAAGCCAGUAAUCUGUGAUAAGCCUUCGCGAACCGCCGCCUCGCUAACCGUUGGCGCCCCGGUAGAGCUACAAAAUCAACAGCCACAACAACCACAUCCAGAUACAUCUUAUUGGAUGCAAAACGAAAGUGGAUUUAUCAAUUCGCAACCAUCGAUGGCCGAGUUUCUGACACAUAUCGACAGCGAGAGCCCAAAACUCAUAACGCAAGGGUACCCCAUGGCCCCAAGCGACAGCAUGGAAUCUGUACCGGAAUAUCCAUGGAUGAAAGAGAAAAAAACAGUCAGAAAAGCAACAGCACAAGCUGAGUUUGUCGCGGAAAAUGGACUCCCGCGACGAUUGCGUACGGCCUACACCAAUACCCAGCUGCUAGAGCUUGAGAAAGAGUUCCACUUCAAUAAGUAUCUUUGCCGACCAAGAAGAAUUGAAAUUGCCGCAAGCCUGGACCUAACCGAGCGACAGGUGAAAGUAUGGUUCCAAAACCGACGUAUGAAACAUAAACGUCAAACACUCUCCAAGACGGACGACGAUGAAUCUGGAAAAGACGAUUUGAAAGAUUCCAAUUCGAAAAAAUCAUGCCAAGGAUGCGAGCUGCCUUCCGACGACAUUCCGGACUCGACAUCUAGCUCACGGGGUCUUAACAACAGCACUCCGACCACCAUUACCCCAAACUCGACCGUCGAACUGGGCACUCCCACUGGUGUUGGGGGUGGAAAUGCGGUCAGUGCUGAUUCGAGUGUGGCAUCUACAGGCAGCCUUGAUGAUGAUGAGGAAAUUCAUGUGAAAGUAAAGAAAAAACCGGAUGUGAGUAACAUUAAAGCAUUUCCUUAAAAUACGAAUGAAGCGACUGACUGAACCACGUUGUCUGAUCUUGGUUUCUGGUUCCAGAUGGUCAAAAAAGAAUCGGUGAGCUCGUCUAAAAUAACCAAUAGUAAUCAAUUCAAAGGUUUCGAUGGAUCGGGCUACCAAUCAAAGAAGGAUGCUGGUUCCAUUCCUAUACCUACCGCAGCACCCAUACUUAUUCCUCAGAGCCCCGUCUCGACGUCAGCCAUCUCACCAAAUAGCAACAACAACAACAACAACAACAACACUAGCAGUAGCAAUAACAACCUACAAUCAUACUAUAAUCAACCGGCUCCGUACGCUGUUAUCAAGCACAAGCUGCCACAUGGGCCUCAGAUGCACGUAUCCAAUUCUCCGACAACCACCCCGGGAGCCCCGCUGUCUUGUGGGCCAUCAGGUGGUGGAAUGUACUACACUGGAAACAGCAAACAAGAGUACUUUGGCAAGAUGGAUUCUAGCUUACACUACCCAAAUUACCAGCAUAACCCGAAGCCACCCGUACCACCACCGUCCGGUGCCGCCUCUCAACAUCUAAUCAAUGGUGUCUAUACAGGAAGCCACGUUACUCAUAAACCCGAGUACGGUCAACCGCUAAGCGGGUUGAAGACGCUAAACAAUAAAGCUCUGCUGCAAGAUCCAGCAGCGAAACUUCAGCAACAGCAGCAACAACCAAUGCUGCACGAAGCUUCGUUCCAUCAUCAGAAUCAACUGUACUACAACAACUGUGACCCUGGCGUCAACAACGCUACAGCUCAAUACAGCGGCAACGCACAAUUCUAUCCCAAUGACUACGAGGGGCAGCACGAAUUUGGCACAGGAUAUUACGAGUCUGCGAAAGGAGCUGCAACCACGCAAGACCACUACGACUAUGAGGGUAUGGGAGCAUAUCACCACGGUGUUGUACCGGUUGUUGCCGGUGGCAGUAUGGACUAUCAAACAAACGGUGCUGCGUAUAUGGGCAUAGGACUCGCAAAUGAUGGCUGUGAAAGCUUCCCAUUCCAUCAAUCGCCACCCACGGCCUCCGGCGCUUACUAUGACCACCAUCAACAUUCCCAACAUCUGCAGCCACAUCAUCAACAGCACCAUCUGCAGCAUCAACAGCAUCAUCUCCAGCAUGCAAACCAACAACCUUCACCGAUGGCUCAUGGCGUCGAGACGAAUACGUACAACGGAACAGCCGCCACAGGAACAGGAAAUGUACCGAUUCACUGUCUGCCACCAGGUGGCGUUGCCGGCGCAGUUUCAGCAAAUGGAAACUCUGGCGGCAACCAGACACCGGUUCCGGGAAACGCAGCCGCCCUGGCUAGCCUAGACAAUUCCAACUCAUCGUCUGAUUUUAACUUUCUUAGCAAUCUUGCGAACGACUUCGCGCCAGAAUACUAUCAACUGAGUUAA